AUGGAGUGUUACUACAUUGUCAUCAGCUCCACGCAUCUCAGCAACGGACACUUUCGCAACAUCAAGGGAGUUUUCCGGGGUCCUCUCAGCAAGAAUGGGAACAAAACUCUGGACUAUGCUGAGAAGGAGAAUAGCAUAGCGAAAGCUCUAGAAGACUUGAAGGCUAAUUUUUACUGUGAACUCUGUGACAAACAGUACUAUAAGCAUCAGGAAUUUGACAACCACAUUAACUCAUAUGAUCAUGCACACAAACAGAGACUCAAAGAACUGAAACAAAGAGAAUUUGCUCGGAAUGUAGCAUCUAAAUCCAGGAAAGAUGAAAGAAAACAGGAAAAAGCACUCCAACGUUUGCACAAGCUGGCUGAGCUAAGAAAGGAAACUGUAUGUGCUCCUGGAAGUGGUCCCAUGUUCAAGUCAACAACUGUUACCGUAAGAGAGAACUGCAAUGAAUUUCCCCAAAGUGUUGUUGUGGAUUCGGUUAAUAACCAGCAAGAUUUCAAAUGUACUUUGCAACAUAGUGAAGAGAACACGAAAGAUGUUACCACAGUUCCUGUCGAUUCUGGAAGUACAAAUAAUUACACAGCAAGAAAUAACCAACCCGGGGACCAAGCCCAGGGAAUUCACAGACACAAAAUUGGCUUUUCUUUUGCAUUUCCAAAGAAAGCAUCCAUGAAGUUGGAGUCCUCAGCUGCAGCCUUCUCUGAGUACAAUGAUGAUGCCUCUGUGGAAAAAGAAUUCAGCAGAAAAAGUAGAUUUGUCCCCAGCACUUGUCAUCUUCAACUAUCUCCCGCAACAGAUGUGCUUUUGAAUUCUGAGGAGAAAGCUAACUCUUUUCAUCCAGCAGAAGUAAUGCACACUGACAAAGAGACUGCUCACACUCAAGAGAUAAAAGAAGUCUCUAGUGAAAAUGGUACCCUAUCAUUGCCUUCAUUUUGCCAGCUUCAACUCCCUUUAUCUUCCUAUGCAGAUAAUUGCCAAAAUUCAGUCCCAUUAAUGGAUCAAAUAUCACUGGAGGAAGUUACUAUUAAUGAAGACAUACCUGUGAGUAGUGACAGUUCGGAGUUGUCGGAAAAUAAAUCCACAGUCCUUGAAGCAUCUGAUGAUUGCAUAUUGGGACAAGCUGCCACAGAGGAAAAUGUGAAGAGUAACGAAUCUACAAUUGAAAAUGAAAAUAAAAAUUGUCUGGAACCCCUUGCCUCAUUGAAUAUUGGAGAGGAUAAUACAACCUUACAUAAAAAAUCACAUUUAUGUAAAAGACAAUGUGAGCCAUUUGUACCUGUACUUAACAAACAUGGAACUACAGUUCUUCCAUGGCCAUCAGAAAUGUUAGUCUAUACAACUACAGAACCAUCAAUUUCUUAUAGCUGCAAUCCUUUGUAUUUUGACUUCAAGUCUAAGUUGAAGAACCACCUAGAAAAAGACAAGCUGCCUUUAGAUGAUUCUUAUUCUCAGCAGAAGGAAGAUGCUACCAAGGGACCAGUCUCUGAUCACAGGGGCAUAUCUACUGCUGGACUCUCUGAUUGUGAAAUUUUCAGUAGCAAAAAUGAACAUAAUCAAGUCGCUCCUAUUUUGGCUGAUGAUUCUCCAUUCAAAAACUGUGAUUCUGGAAAAAAUGAAACCCUGGUUCAGAAGUAUAAAAAUAUUUCUUAUAGAACCAGGAAAGCAGAUAAGUACAAUGCUACUAAAAGUCACGCAAAACAGGACACUCCAGAUGAGAAGUACAACAAAAUAAGGUUAAAAGAUGCUCAUGAACACUGGUUCCAUAAAAGUAGGAGAAAGAAAAGAAGAAGAAAGUUAUGUCAUUAUCAUCAUGGGGAGAAAACCAAAGAAUCCGAAACUCAUGACAAAAUGGAAAUGGAGAAUCAUUACACUGACACAACUAGGAAAAAUCUUCCAGACCCAAUCUCAGAAAAGCAGUAUGUGGCUGCUGAACAAUUACUGGAUUCAUGUGAGUUACCUGAUCAAAGACCCGAAUUGGCAUCUACAGAUGUGAGUGAAAAUGAAGAGAUGUGGAAAUCCUGGACAGGUCAAUGUAAUGACAAAGAGGCUAUCAGUUCCAUAAACCACCGCAAACAGUACUUAGUAUCUUCACAUGACCAAUCCAAUCCAACACUAAUCCAUUCUGGGGAGCAAAGCUUAACAUAUUCCAGAACUUACUGUUGCUGGAAAGCCAGACUCUCAAGCUGUAGUCAGGAUCACAAAUGCUUAGUUCUUGAAAAAGACACAAAAUGUGUAAAUCAGAAUCCUCCUGUCAAAAGAGGUUACAAUUCACUCGUGAGUGAAUCAGAAAGAUUCCACCGAAAACGUAGACAACAUUCAUGUUCUUACUCGUCGGAUGAAAGUUUAAAUCGACAGAAUUAUUUACCCGAGGAAUUCUCAAGGCCAUCAAGUGCUUCUUUUGCUCUCUGUAGGCCUAAAAAGAAACGAAGGAGAAAAAGAAGCAGAUUCUACCCUAGAGGUGAAACCUUGGAGGUGAAAGAAAAUACAGAAAAUCCCAUGAAAGGGAAUCCGUCUUUAAGUCACCUGGAUGGGUUAAUAAUAAGUGAAGACAAAAAGGAGGAAACAAAACCACAAGAAGUUGCAAAUGUGGAAAGGAACUCGCAACAAUCAGAGAAAGUCAAUGACCAACUGGUUUUCCACCCUGGUAAUUUGCUUCCUUCUGAAGCCAAUGGUGAAGCUGGGCCUUUGUUAAUGGAGAGCACUCCUGGCGUGUUACCAGAGGCUUCCCAUGAUUCUCCCACACCGCCCUAUGUAGCUAAUGUCCCAACAAAGCAACCAACGGAUAAUACCUUGCUUGAACACAAAGGAAGAAGUGAGACUAAAAGUAUCCGUGGAAAGCAGAUUCCUUUCAAGGUGCCUAAGACUGAAAGGAACUUUCGACAGCCACAGCCUAAAUCCUACCUUUGCCAUUAUGAACUGGCUGAGGCUCUUCCUCAUGGAAAGAUGAAUGAGGCAUCCACAGAGUGGCUGUGUUAUAAUUCAGGAAUCCUUAACACACAGCCUCCAUUACCAUUCAAGGAAGCACAUGUCACUGGCCACACCUUUGUAACCACAGAGCAAAUUCUGGCUCCGUUGGCUUUACCGGAACAAGCACUGUUAAUCCCACUAGAAAACCACGAGAAAUUCAAAAAUCUCCCAUGCGAGGUCUACCAACAUAUAAUCCAGCCAAACAUGCUGGCCAACAAGGUCAAAUUCACCUUCCCUGCAACUCCACUCCCUCCCCCCAGCACACCUCUGCAGCCUCUGCCUUUGCAGCAGCCCUUGUGUUCUACCUCUGUAACCACUAUCCAUCACACUGUACUGCAGCAGCAUGCUGCCGCCGCUGCCGCCGCUGCCGCCGCCGCCGCCGCCGCAGGAACCUUUAAAGUGCUUCAGCCACACCAACAGUUCCUCUCCCAAGUCCCAACUCUCACCAGAACGUCCAUACCUCAGAUCUCAGUAGGACCAGUAGGACCCAGGCUUUGCCCAGGGAACCAGCCACCUUUUGUGGCUCCUGCUCAGAUGCCAAUCCUUCCAGCUUCAGUUCUUCAUCCUAGCCACCUGGCAUUCCCACCUUUGCCCCAUGCGCUGUUCCCUUCCUUGCUCUCUCCACACCCAGCUGUCAUUCCUCUGCAACCCCUCUUCUAGUCAUCACCAUCAAGGGGCAAGAAAAUAUGCUCAUGACGACUUCUGCUAUAUGCAUAAGUGUUCAUCAAAAUUGAAAGCUAUUGAACUGAUGGAAAUAAACUGACCCAAAUACAGCCUUGUUGAUUUUCAAAUCAGUUACUGUAAGUGUAAUGAUGCAAAUAAAUUCUUAAGUUCCCCAUAUAGAAUAUUAUUAAAGCACUGACUAGUUUGCAAAUCUAUAUAAUAGAUGCUGUAUAUUACAAGGAUGUCUUAAACAGUAUGUAUAAUGUACAUACAAUAUAUUUAUAGUACUGUAAUUUAUGUUGUAAAGUAUGCUCUUGGUUUCUUUUCUAAUCUUUGUGUAUUUGCACCUAUUUAAUGUUUAGACAAAGCUGAUGGCACUAUGUUUUGUACCAUGUUCCUUGAAACUGUAAAUUCAGUGAAAAUUAUCUCUUGCAAUAAAUUUUUGUUAACUAUUUAA